CAGAUCAAAAAUAUCUUGUACCAUUCAUUUCACAACUGAUAAAAAAAGUAAGAAGAGCUUUAAAACAUACAUCUUCAACAUGGGAGAAGAAGCAAAAAUGUACAGGUAUGCACUAGUAACAGGAGCUAACAAGGGAAUUGGUUAUGGAAUAUGUAAGAAAUUAGCUUCAAGUGGUGUUAUGGUGGUGCUUACAGCAAGAAAUGAGAAAAGAGGUUUGGAUGCUGUAGAAAAAUUGAAAGAGUUAGGUCUCUCUGACUUUGUGGUUUUUCAUCAACUUGAUGUCACUGACCCUACAAGUGUUACUUCUUUAGCUGAAUUCAUGAAAACCCAAUUUGGAAAACUUGAUAUCUUGGUGAAUAAUGCUGGUGUUGCUGGAGGAAUACUGAAUAGAGAGAAUCUUCUUAGAAGAAAAAGGGGUGAAAUAUCCGAUUGGAAUAUAAUAGUGGUUCAAAAUUAUGAAUUAGCCAAAGAAUGUGUUGAAACAAACUUCAUUGGUGCAAAAAGAGUAACUGAAGCUCUACUUCCCCUGCUUCAACUAUCUACUUCUCCAAGGAUUGUCAAUGUCUCCUCUAGAGCUGGACAAUUGAAGUAUAUGCCAAAUGACAAGGCAAGAGAAGUGUUUGAAGACAUCAAAAGCCUAACAAACCAAAAACUCGAUGAAGUGCUUAGAGAAUUUCUGAAAGAUUACAAAGAAGAAGCAUUGGAAACUAAAAAUUGGCCAACUUUUCUUUCUGGUUACACAAUGGCAAAAACAGCUUUGAAUUCUUACACAAGAAUGCUAGCUACGAAGUUUCCUCAUUUUCGCGUAAAUUGUAUAUGCCCUGACUUUGUUAAGACUGAUAUUAAUGCGAAUACCGGCAUUAUAAGCGUCGAUGAAGGUGCAGAAUCUCCUGUGAAGCUAGCAUUGUUGCCAGAUGAUGGUCCAUCUGGUCUCUUUUUUUUAAGGGAUGAAGUUAUUUCCUUUUAAUCCAUAUGACUGCCCUUGCUUUUGGCAUAUUGCAUUUGUUGUUUAUGGUACUUGCAAAAGAUUUCUGAAUGUGAUUGCAUAAUAUAAUUGAGGCUAAAUUACUCUUUUGGUUCCUU